AGGCUUUCUGACGAAUCCUCUGUUUGCAUUUGAACCUCUGUUUUUGUGUGCGCGUUAGGUCGCACAUCUCCCCUUCCUGGCAUUGUCAACUCUGAAUUUUGGUCUUACACAAAACUUUCUUGUGGUUCUGUAAAUACUAAGAUUCUGUUACUCUUUUCGUGUGCUUGGAUUUGGAUUAUCCAUCAUCACCUUCAGAAACCCUUCUAACAGAUUCACCUAACACCCCUUCUUUUGAAGCAUUUCAAUCAAAAGCAACUGGGCAGCCAUUAUUCCAUGCUUCAUCGUUCCAUUUUAGAUACCAUACUCUUUUUGUUUUAUUUUGUUUCACUCUCAUGUUCCUAUAGGUAUCUGACAAAAGUGUUGCUCUGUUGAAUUUUGAUUCCUUUUUUCUUGUUCGGUUUUUCAUCUGAUUCUUUGGGACCGAGCUAAAGCACGAUGGGAGAUGUUGCUAAGGACCUUACAGCUGGGACUGUUGGAGGGGCAGCACAAUUGAUAGUUGGACACCCAUUUGACACUAUCAAGGUCAAGCUCCAAAGCCAGCCUACACCACUCCCUGGCCAGCCUCUCAAAUAUUCUGGUGCAAUUGAUGCUGUCAAGCAGACAAUAGCAGCUGAAGGUCCAAGGGGUUUAUACAAAGGUAUGGGAGCCCCACUUGCUACAGUAGCUGCCUUCAAUGCUGUCCUCUUUUCAAUUAGGGGGAAAUUGGAGACAUUAUUGAGGUCCCAUCCUGGUGCUUCGCUCACAAUAAAUCAGCAGGUUCUUUGUGGAGCUGGAGCUGGACUUGCUGUUUCUUUUCUAGCUUGCCCCACUGAAUUGGUCAAGUGCAGGUUGCAAGCACAAAGUGCACUAGCUGGUUCUGGAACAGCUGCAAUGGGAGUGAAUUAUGGGGGACCCAUGGAUGUGGCCAGGCAUGUUCUCAGGUCAGAAGGGGGCAUAAAAGGUCUUUUCAAGGGCUUGGUUCCCACCAUGGCACGUGAAGUACCUGGAAAUGCUGCAAUGUUUGGUGUGUACGAAGCUACAAAACAGUUACUUGCAGGAGGCCCUGAUACUUCUGGACUAGGUAGAGGUUCUCAAAUCAUUGCUGGAGGCUUGGCUGGAGCUUCCUUCUGGUUCAUGGUUUACCCAACUGAUGUUGUUAAGAGUGUGAUUCAAGUGGAUGAUUACAAAAAUCCAAAGUUUUCUGGAUCAAUUGAUGCUUUUAGAAAGAUUCAAGCUUCUGAGGGAUUUAAAGGCCUUUAUAAAGGUUUUGGUCCUGCAAUGGCCCGAAGUGUACCUGCAAAUGCAGCAUGCUUCUUGGCAUAUGAAAUGACAAAAUCAGCUCUGGGAUGACUCAUUCAUACAGCACGCUUGAUAGGGGGUACCAUUGAGUGCCCUUCUUUUUUUCUUUAUAUAUUCCAAUAACAUUUUUGGGAAAAAGAAGUGUCAUGUUACAUGACACUUCUUUUUUCGUACACACUCAAAAAGGUGUGGGACCCAUUUUAAUAUAUUUUUUCCUCUUUUUCUAUGCAGUGGGACCCACAAUGUUUUUGUGUCUAUGACAUGACACAAAAAGUGUCAUGUAACAUUAUAUUCAUAAAAUCCAACAAUUUUAUGUCAUGCAUUGCAAUAUGGCCACAAAGGCUUAUCUUGUGUUAUUGCUUCUGGGAUUCAUUUUUUC